CGUAUAGAGCUGUCUGCUGACCUGCCGUAUCAGAAUAACAACUGUGAGAAACUGAACGUAGGGUUGCGGUGCUCUGCUGUAUUCCAACGCGUCAAACGGGGUUAUUUAGCCGUUUAUAUAUUUUUCAAAUAAUCUUACACAGAAAUUCACGGAAGAACUCAGCUUUGUAAAAGUGUAAGUUACAUCUAGGUCCUGAGGCGCCCAGGCUGUGCCUCUUGGUGCCUCCCUUUGUCGCUGUAGAAACAAGAUGGCUCCCGUUUUGGAGAAGAAGCUCCUGGGCGCAACCGGGGCUGGCGACACCAUGGAAAAUAACACCGAGGAUGAAGAGGGACAGAACCUUUGGUCUUCAAUUCUUAGUGAAGUUUCUACACGGUCAAGUUCUAAACUGCCAUCGGGAAAGAACAUAUUGGUGUUCGGAGAGGAUGGGUCAGGAAAGACGACACUCAUGGCGAAGCUGCAGGGAGCAGAGCACAACAAAAAAGGCCGUGGCCUGGAGUAUCUCUACCUGAGCGUCCACGAUGAGGACAGAGACGAUCUCACACGCUGCAAUGUUUGGAUCCUGGAUGGGGACCUGUACCACAAAGGUCUGCUGAAGUUCGCAGUCUCGCAGGAGACGCUGAAGGACAGCCUGGCGGUUCUGGUGGCAGACAUGAGCCGGCCUUGGACCAUCAUGGAGUCCCUGCAGAAGUGGGCCAGCGUGCUGAGGGACCACCUGGACAAACUCAAGAUCCCACCAGAGGAGAUGAGGGAGAUGGAACAGAGUAUGGUGAAGGCCUUCCAGGAGUACGCGGAGCCCGAGGACAGCACGCCGGCAUCACCCCAAAGACGAGCGCCUGCGGCUGGGGGAGAAGAUGAGGGAGUGCUGCUCCCUCUUGGAGACAACGUCCUCACACACAACCUGGGCAUUCCAGUGCUAAUAGUUUGCACAAAGUGUGACGCAGUCAGCGUGUUGGAGAAGGAGCAUGACUACAAAGAGGAGCACUUUGACUACAUCCAGUCCCAAUUGAGACGAUUCUGCUUACGAUACGGAGCUACCUUGAUCUACACCUCUGUGAAGGAGGAGAAGAACCUGGACCUCCUCUACAAAUACAUCGUGCACAAACUCUACGACUUCCACUUCACCACGCCCGCCUUAGUGGUAGAGAAGGACGCAGUGUUCAUUCCGUCCGGAUGGGACAAUGAGAAGAAGAUCGCCAUCUUGCACGAAAACGUCUCCAACUUAAGACCUGAUGACCCGUUUGAAGACGUCAUCGGGAAGCCACCGGUCCGGAAGUUGGUGCAUGAUAAAGAAGUGUGUGCUGAGGAUGAGCAGGUCUUCCUCAUGAAACAGCAGUCCCUGCUAGCCAAACAGCCUGCCACACCCACAAGAGGAACAGAGUCGCCUGCACGGGCCGCCUCUGGCUCGCCCCGGCCCACCGGUCGCCCAGGCCCCACUAACGUGGCUAGCGUAUCGCCCAUGACGACGGUGAAGAAGCCGGACCCCAACAUGAAGGGGGCGGCAGCGAACGAGGGAGUGCUGGCCAACUUCUUCAACAGCCUGCUGAGCAAGAAGACCGGCUCCCCCGGAGCCCCUGGCUCACCGGGGACCCCAGGCGUCCAGGGCUCUGCCAAGAAAACAGGGCAGAAGCCGGUUUUGACUGACGUCCAGGCGGAGUUGGACCGUAUGACUCGCAAACCCGACGCCAUGGUAACGGCCAACAACACCCCAACGACAGAGAACGAGGCGUGACCGCACUAACAGCAACGUCCUUCAAACGAAAAACCCUGGAAAAACAAACAAAUCAAACAAACAAACAAAAUUACAGACAACAAACACACUCACCGACAUGCAUAUAUAAGCAAAAAAGAAACAACUUUGACCGUAUGACCAAAACUCCCCAAAGCGUAUGUCCAGUUUGCAGCUGAGCUCGGUUUGCUCCGAGUUAGCGGGAAUGCUAAUCAAACAAUUGCAUUGAUUAGAAUGAAAGGACGGGGAAUGUAUUGGAUUGAAGAGAGAGAGGGGGAGAAGUCCCAAAGGCUUGGCGGAGUUCGUUCUUGUUUCAUCGACCCUAAUGUUCUCUCUCUCGUUCAUAAUAAUUUUUAACCCCCUUUUUUGAGUCAUGCAAGGCUGAGUGAGUGAGGGAAACACUUCAACUCCCCGGGAAGGGAAACAAAAUCACCUGUCCCGUUACUUUUUAUUUAAAUUUUUCGCUUGGUGAGGGGAGCUAGUUUUCGCUCGUUCGUCCUGCCGUCUGCUGCGUCCCUCUUAGCCAGUACCAUCCAUCCGCAGCUUCCUGGUCCGCGUAUCCUAACCUCCAACCAACUGCUGUGGCCUCAGGGGUCUUCCUCCGAAACGCAUUCUCCAACUUGUUCCAUUUACUCAAACACAAAAUGUUAUGUAGUGUGUAUGAAAUCAGAUGAUUUAUCAAUACUGUUUGUAUUUAUAAUGGAAAAUCCAAUCUUUUUUUCUCCUCCCUUUUGUUUAGUUUUUCCUCCCUAAAUGGUUCAAUUUGAUUUUUGAUCAUAAAGUGUUCAGCUAGCACAUUUAACUCCACUUACUGUAUGACACUAAAACGGCACACUCCUACUGGCCAAUAGCAUAACGAGUGGCUACCUGUCCGAGGGCCAAUCAGACACCACUGAGGAUCCUGUAAAUAUAUUAAGAAGAAAACAAAUAUUUGCUAUACAAGUUUUUUUUUUUGUUUGAUUUUUGUACAAAACAAAUGCAAAUGCAAUUAUUUUAGCAAAAUUAUGAAGUGCUUCAGAAUGAAGUCUGAAUUGGGAAGAGGAGGAGUUGAGUGGUUUAGCAUGGCAAAUCUUUCUGUUCCCAUGGCUACAGGUGUAUGCAUGUUUUUGAGUGAAGGCGCCAGGACAGCAUCUUUACCUUCAAAAGAAACAAACAAAAAACAAAACUCCCAAAGUGCCUGGCACAUUGUACUGUUUGUGUCGUAGUAGGGGUGCUUGUCUCGUGGAGAAUUGCACUGUAGUACAGACAGCAAUGGUUUUCUUUUUCUUAUUUUUGUCCACAUCAUUUUCCAAUUAAUUUAUUUUGUUUCAUUUGUUUUGUACUACUUACGUCUGGUCUUUGUUUGAUUUGACUAUUUUUGCUUCCAUUGGUGGCCUAGACAUUGUUCAGCUGAGCAAUAGAGAGCAUGCCUUUCUUUUUUUUUUCCUUUUGUUUGAAUAGUCAAGUAGGGAAAAGUGGCUUAACUAGGCCGUUAGCUGCACAAGCAUUAGAACCAACUGUAGAGAAAGAACCUACGUGCCCUAGAGGAACACACUCAUGUGGCUCCGCCUACUUGUGUAAUAUCUCAAUGCCGCCAGGCCAGGUGUCACAGGACGUUGAUUUGUGCGAUAUUUAAAAAAAGAAAUGGCUUUGUCCUCACACAUGAAUGAAAGACGAAAUGUUAUUUGUGUACUUUUACUCAAAUCAAAUGUUGCUUUUUAUAUAUAUAUAUACAUGUUAUAUAAACUCAACUGUACUGCAGUUCAUGUUGAAAAGAAGACAUUCCCAGCACUACACCAUGUAGAUGUAGAAGCGUGUCCCCAUUUGAAGACUAGUUUUGGCUGUAAUGUUUUCCAUAUUUCUCUGCCUCCCUCUGCAUCUCUCUCUUGCGCGCUCUCUCUCUGUGAGUGUGAGUGAGUCUGUGUCUGAGUGAGAAUGAGAGUGAGGAUGAGAGUGGCUCAUCCCCUUUGCCAUCAGUGCAGUUGCUCCGUACUCUCUGUCUGUACUCAGGGUAGAGCCUUAACUCCCCCCCAAACGCCAGCCUUGCCCUCUGCCUCUUCAUGCCCACGCCAUGCAGUCUGCAUCCACAGCCAUUGGGAGUUUCAUGCCAUGCUCACGUUUUGCAGUGUAUUAUGGAGUCAGAUGCCACCAUAUCAAAGAACAGAUACACCAGAGAACUGCAAAUAUUAUUUGGCUCAUCAGGGUGUUUCGUACAAGCACAGGUAGUUUAAAGCCUCAAAGCUCUUUUUUCCUCCAUGUUCUGGUGAUGCAAACGUUCCAUGUUCUGGUGAUGCAAACGUUCUCCUGUGGUUACUUUGUUUUUCCCUUUGCCUUCUCUGUUCAAGCUUUGAACUCUUUUAACAUGACAGCGCAGCUAUGUGGCUUCUUACUAACGACAACCACAUCUUUUCAAAAAAAUGGACAAAAAAAGGAAUCUGCUGAGAAAUUGGAACCAAAGACCUAACUCCCACUUGUGUUUUUAGACUGUGUAGCGUCUGUGUAGAGUAGCGUUCCCUCCGUCUCUUGCCGAGCUUCUUAUUCCAAAAUGGAUUUUGUGCCUCCUGGGGUGGUCCGGAAUUUAACUCCGGAACCUUGGGGUUCAACUCAGUCAUUUUAGCUCUUUCUGA